AUGUCUCUCACCCCAGAGGAGAUUGCCUACUACGAAGCAAACGCCAGCGAUGACCUGCGGCCAAAUCAGAUCGCCGCCUGUACGUGCGGCAUUGCCUUUGCUGUCAGCGCCGUUGUCGCUCGCAUGAUUUCGAGACGUCGGUCGAGAGUCAAGCUUGGCUGGGAUGACUAUACUAUUUGCGUGGCGCUGAUGGGCCAGCUCACAUAUGCCUGUCUGAUGGCGCUGAGUGUUGCCAACGGCGAGGGCCUGCAUAUAAUCUUUGUCAAGGACCAGAGACUGUUUGCUCAGGUCUUCGUCGGCGCCAUUAUCUGCUACUCCAUCACGAUCAUGUUGACGAAAAUAUCAGUCCUUUUAUUCUACCACCGCAUCUUCCCAGUCAAGUGGCUUACCGUCGUUUCCUAUUUCGUGGGCGCGCUGGUAAUCUCAUACAACCUCGCCGUGAUAUUCGUGGCGGCAUUCCAGUGCAUCCCUCUGUCUAGCCUCUGGACUGGAAAGCCAGGGCAGUGCAUCAAUGUCACGCCUCCGUUUCUCGCUCUGGCAAUCGUAAAUGUAGUCACCGACUUCGCCAUCCUAGCCUUACCCAUCCAGCCAGUCUUAGGGCUGAAAAUGCGAACACGCCGCAAGAUCCAGGUGCUCAGUAUCUUCCUGCUGGGGGGAAUCGUGUGUAUAUUCGGCGUCAUCCGAUCAGUCGCCCUGUCGACAAUGAAAAACACCGAUCUCAGUUACAACGCAGUCUACUCGGGAAUCUGGUCAUACACCGAGAUAUCAGUCGGUAUAGUCGCCGCCUGCAUGCCCACGCUGCGCCCGCUGUUCAAGAGCAGGAAUGCAGAGUCGAAGUACGUCGGCGAUAGUAACUACGGCUCUGGCAGGUAUUUUGCACGCUGGAAAUCGAGUCCGGGGCGGUCUUUGGCGUCGAAGGGGACGGAUGGAACGGAUGAGGGUGAUAUUCCUCUUACUGGGACUGGACGGUCACAGUACAUGGUAUAG